AUGAUACACAGUAUCAGCGAAAAGGCCGAAUGUAUUGCAGAUAUUGAGGAUCUCAUUGAGCAUUCUCUCCCCAGGGAUAUCAACGAGUACUACUGUCGCCAUUUCAAACGUAUUCCGGCGGCACAUCGAAACUUGGCAAGCAAGAUCUUCUCGAUUGUAUGCUUUUCCCGGCGCUUAGUGUCCGCGAGUGAGCUAAGCGAUGCCAUCGGGGUUAUUCGAAACCCCGCGGCCCAGUCAAAGAACGAUAUGGAACGGAGGAGACCGCGUUCAAAACUCAUACAGAACCUUCUCUCGCCGCUGAUAGUGGAAGAAAAAGUGCCUUCUGAUACCGAAAAGCGUUAUCGGUUAUUUCAUUCCACGGUGAAGGAGUUUGUCAGAAACAACCCCAACGUUCUGAACGAAGGUGACGGAGAUGUUGAAAAUGCUUACAUUGGCCCCUCCAUCCUGGCUGAUGCAUGUCUUCAAUAUCUAUCACAACCCAAAUAUAGCAGCCUCUUAGAAAGGGUUAAUGGCGUUUGGAGGACAUCAGGUGGGGAUUCACCAGAUAAAGAUGCAUUCCUUAGGUAUACAGCCAAGUAUUGGCACCUACACCUAGAGGACGUUUUGCCGUCUCCCAGCCUUGCGGAGAAGAUAUCGACAUUCUUGUGGUCUUCAAAUUUCCAGACGCUACUCCAGGUCCAGCACCUCCUUGUGGAUGCGCAGUUUGGCGUUUUCACCCUUAGAGGAAAGCCAAGCACAUCAAAGUUUUUCAAGAGAGCUCUUCCUCAUUGGUUUGUGAGGAUGGCUUUGCGGGACCCUAGUAUGCAUUUCUCCCAAGAUUACCGGGUGUUCCUUCAUGAGUGGGCUUAUCUUUUGGCCUGUGGAUGCUGCGAUAAUCCUUCCUGCUCGAUGGCGAGAUACGCAGGCCAGAUCGAUCGUUGCAUUUUUGGGACCUUGGGAACCAACAAUUUUAUGUCGAGCAUGAAGAGUAGAUACACUGGUUUUUCUCUCUGCACUGGUGAUCAUGAUGGCAUACGUACCAUUCAAACUUGCUACGAAGGGUAUUCGGCGUGCGGCCGAGUUGUCUAUCUAGUCCAGUUCCAGCGUCGCGUUGCACCAAUUCUUUACUUUAUUUGCGAGACUUGGAACCUGGCUUUGGGUGGAAAGCCUAAACUGCAACAGAGACAAACACUCGAAGUCAACGAGGAAGAUGCAAACUGGAACCUAUUCGUCAAAGACGGAGACUCGCAUAGUACUGGAAGAUCUGGCAGAGCAAAACCAAUCGCGUUUGAUUAUGAUGCUCAUGGUCUUCGUAUUGGCUCUCAGUUGUACACGAGAGAUGAGAACGGCCUCUUUCAGGUAUUGCAUAUUAGCCAUGAUCAGAAACCCGCGUUCCCGGCAUAUUUCGAGGAGUUCCUGACCCAAGGCGAAUACCUGGUGACAGCAAGCCGGAGAAGGGCGCCUAUCCCCGGCGAGGAGCGCCUUGAUAGCUUGACUGACAAUCCAGUCCUCGAUGUAGGGAAACUCUUCAAUAAGAUGUGGGAAGAGGAAAGAGCGAACAAUAGCAACGAUUCAGAGGUAGACGACACUGAUGAAACUUCGUCUGCCUCAGAGGAAAGUGACACUUCUCUAUCCUCAGCUAAAACUGGAAUUGACUGGAGCUCCGGCGAUGAGACCUGGAGUGAAGGUUCAACUGACGUUGAAGAAGCAAUUGGCGAUGAGAAUGCCAUCGUAUUCUUCAAAGGAUACAUAGACAGCUCCAGCAGCUCUAACUCUGACAGCGAACCCUCGGACAGUGACGAUUAUGAGUCCGAGGCAGGCUCUGACUCCGGUGGACUAGGAGCAACGCCUCAUUCUCGCUUCCUCCGCGGCUUCUUGGACGAUGACUCUGAUGGAGACGAUGCCUACGUCCCCCUCGACGAUUCUGACGGUGGUUCCGAUGACGACGUGUAUCCGCGCUCUCGAGCGCACUUCCGCAAACGAACCAAGUCGGGCCUCGAGGCUUCACUCAAAGUCUUCGGCAUGUCUAGCACAGGACUAACAUGCAUAUUUCAACUAUCAAGGCCAAUAGACCUGCUACUCUAUGAUUCGCCUCCAGUUUUGCAUCCUCACAAACCUCUCAUUAUCUGGCCACUGAGUCCUGGAAACGUGCUGUUCGCGGAUUUCGAGAAGAAAAGCUGGUUUAAGAGGAAGCUGAGACCGACGACCACAUAUACGCGCCAGAUAGUCACAAAAUGCCACUUCUCACCAUGCGGCAAACACCUCCACAUCGCUAUCCUUGAAGUUCGAAGGAAACCCCUACCGGAGAAGAAACACAAAAGAACAGGUUCAGUCUCCAAGACAAAUCUGAUCCCCCUCGACCUUUCCCUGUUCGUCACCACACAUAGACUCUCAUCGCGCAAGACGACCCGCGCCCCUCCAACGCAAAUCUACAGGACGAAGAUCGAGCUGGGCCACUUCCACUCUCUACCAGUCUCUCAGCUCCCCUUCACGCUUACCUGGACGCCCACGGAAUUAUAUUUCACAAUGAGCGCGAAAAGGCUCGCCGUUUUCAGAAUCAGACUGUUCCCACCGCAUGGCGAACUUGAAUCAGAAAACCGGGAGUCGGUCCUCGUCCCUAGGGAGCGCAUCUUCCUCCCCGAGACCGCAAAGACAAGGGAAGUGCGCUUUUUCCCGCCCUCCUCCUCCUCUAAGCCCUCAGAGCCAGGCAACGGAGAAAAAGAACAAGCCAACGGUCAAAUGCACGUCCUUAUCGGCUCGCAAAUCCGCUCGUCGCGCGUGCUUCUAGGCGAGGGCCCGUCGACUUCGAACCCAGCCUCCGCCUCAGCCUCGAAUUCUGACGCCACGCACAACGAAGGCGGUUUCCAAGUCGAGGGCACGGCGUGGAUCCCGCAGUGCGAGGCCGUCCGCGGCGUCGAAGGCGCUGUGUCCAUGCCAGUUGGGUUCUAUAUCUCCAACGAGAAGGAUUUCGGCGGGUGGGUGAGGUCGGAUGAUAUCGUAGAUGUACCGGCGGAUCGGGGUGUCGGGCAGCUGGAUUAUAAGGUGGAGAGGUUUGAUGUUGAGGAGGAUUGUGGGGAUUUGGAGCCAUAUAUUAUUUAG